ACGUGCGGCAAGAUGGCGGCUGCGGGCAGCCGUAGGGCCAAGGCCCCGCGCGGGGCUCCGGGACGGCGGCGGCCGCGGGCGGCGGUCCCGGGCGCCGAGGGAAGGCGGCGGGCGGCGGGCGGGCGGGCGGCAGAUGAGGAGGUGUCCAGCGAGUCCGAGCCGGAAAGCCCGGCGCUGCGGCGGCGGCAGGAGGUGACGGCGGAGGAGGAGCUGGAGGAGACGCCGCAGGAGAAGAAGCUGCGCCUGGCCAAGCAGUACUUGGAGGAGCUCCGGCGCUACGAGGAGGAGCGGGCGGCAGACGAGGAAGAGGAGGCCGGGCCGGUGGAUCUGAUCGGGGACCGGCUGAAGGAGGACGUGCUCGAGCAGAAGGGGCGGCUGCAGCGCCUGGUCGCCAAAGAUGUGCAGCCUCCGGAUCCAGCCAGCAUCCGCGUGUUGCGGGGACACCAGCUGCCGGUCACCUGCCUGGUCAUCUCUCCAGAUGACAUGUUCAUCUUUUCUGCUUCCAAAGAUGGCUCCCUCAUCAAAUGGGAGGUGGAGAGCGGGAAGAGGCUGUGUGUGGUGCCAGGGGGGAAGAAGGGCACCGAGGAGCGGCACAUGGGGCACGCGUCCCAAGUCCUCUGCAUGGCCAUCUCGUCGGAUGGCAAGUACCUGGCUACAGGAGACAGGAACAAACUGAUCAUGAUCUGGGAUGCAGCCACAUGCAAGCGCCUGCACAUCUUCACGGGGCACCGUGAUGCCGUUUCGGGCCUGUCCUUCCAGAAGGGCACACACCAGCUGUACAGUGCCUCCCAUGACCGUUGUGUCAAGGUCUGGAACGUGGCGGAGAACGCAUACAUGGAGACCCUAUUUGGGCACCAGGACAUCAUCACAGGGCUGGACAGCCUGAGCCGGGAGUGCUGUGUGACAUCAGGGGGACGUGAUGGCACCGUGCGGCUCUGGAAGAUCCCUGAGGAGUCACAGCUUGUGUUCUGUGGACACCAGGGCUCCAUCGACUGUAUCCAGCUCAUCAACGAGGAGCACAUGGUGUCGGGCGCUGAUGACGGGUCUGUGGCCCUGUGGGGGCUGACGAAGAAGAAGCCGCUGGCGCUGGCCCGGCAGGCGCAUGGCCUGCAGGAGGCCCAGGGCCUGCAGCAGCCAUACUGGAUCUCGGCAGUGGCCCCUCUGCGCAACAGUGACCUCCUGGCUACAGGCUCCCACAGUGGCAGCGUGAAGCUCUGGAAGUGUGGCGAGGGAUUUCGGAAGCUGGAGCCUCUGUGGGACAUCCCCUUGGUGGGUUUUGUCAACAGCCUCAAGUUCUCAGCAGCUGGUGACUUCCUGGUGGCCGGCCUUGGGCAGGAGCACAGGCUGGGCCGGUGGUGGAGGCUCAAAGAAGCCAAGAACAGCAUUUGCAUCAUCCCCCUGAAGCGCAGGACCACGGUUCCCAGUCCUGAAGCCACCGAUACCUUGUAGCCCCUGGCCCUGCAGCUGUGCCCGGCAUCCUGCUGUCACCAGGCUCUUGGAGCUGGUGACACAAGUGGGGGGUGUCGUGUGACCCCCCUGGACCCUGCUGGGCUCUGAAUUGUGAUGUGGCUCUGCCUUCUGCAAGGCCUGCCCCCUUCCUGCAGAUUUGGCUGCACCUGAGCUCUGGAAGAGUCCAUUUGUAAAAAACAAAACCCAAACCACUUUAUUUACAUAAAUUACAAAAAAAAAAAAAAUAAUCCACACAUUUGCUGGCAGAAAAAAAAUCUACUCUUAAAAACUUGUUUGGACUCAAGUACCUGGGUCCUGUUACUCACCCUCAGCCCGUGCAGGUUCUGCAGGGGGGCAGUGGGUGUUGGUCCCCACUCAUGCCCGGUGUCCCAGGCAGGACUGAGAAGCUCUGGGCACAGCAAGGGAAGGGAGGGAGCAAUAUUUUGUUAUCUGUUGUUAUUUAUCUGUUACUAUCUGUUAAAAUUCCUUCCGAAAUUCGGAAGUUUUGGAUUUUACAAAUAAAAAUAAAUGUUCCUUGUUUCUACAUAAA